AUGGUGCACGAGGCGUACGACGUUAUCUUCGACCGAGUGAUGGAACACGUGCAGAAUUGUUUGGAAAGCAAAUGUGCUGGCCGUGUCAUUAUGACUGGCAACCCAGGCAUCGGUAAGAGCCGAUUCUUACUCUACUGCGCGUUUCAGCUGAUCAAGUCGCACUCAGCGGUUGUAAAAUCUCUUCCUCCAUUUGAGUUGGUACUGAACUGUGAUGAGCUCUUCUUCCUGUAUGAGCCCGACUGUCGGCGUUCCGCUAUGUGA